GCCCCUCCCGCCCGCGCGCGGGGCACUUCCGGUGGGCUCCCGGAGGCGACGGCGGCGGCGGAGGAGGGCGAGCGGCCGGGCCUGGGAGGCGGAUCGCGUGUGGCCGAGACUCCCCGGGGGGACGAAGCGGACUCAGGUUCAGGGACGAUGGAUGGCGAGGAGAAGACCUACGGCGGGUGCGAGGGCCCGGACGCCAUGUACGUGAAGCUCAUCUCCUCCGACGGGCACGAGUUCAUCGUCAAGAGGGAGCACGCGCUGACCUCGGGGACCAUCAAGGCCAUGCUCAGCGGCCCCGGGCAGUUUGCCGAAAACGAGACCAACGAGGUGAACUUCCGAGAGAUCCCGUCCCACGUGCUGUCUAAAGUGUGCAUGUAUUUCACCUACAAGGUGCGCUACACCAACAGCUCCACGGAGAUCCCCGAAUUUCCCAUCGCCCCCGAGAUCGCCCUGGAACUGCUGAUGGCCGCCAACUUCCUGGAUUGUUAAAGAGAAUAAAUGAUCGGAAACCCUCGA